AUGUCCCAAAGAUUGGAGAUCAGAGACAGCAAUGAAGACUGGACUGGGAAAACCAGUAGCGCACUGAGGAGGAAGCUUCAAAACCGCUUGAAUCAAAGAGCUGCUCGUAUGAGGCAUGUCAUAUCGGCGCCCAACUUCGGGUCUUUCCUCCAAACUCCACUGCCAUCAGACCCAAAGCUACUUACACUAUUGCACUUCAAUCUCGUGCGCGCACUAAUGCAAAAUGUCUUCAUCCUGAAUCUGGAUCCGGAUGACAUGAGUCUGGACCAAGAAUCCCCCUUCGCAGACCCUCAGAAAAGAGCAGAGAUCAAGAUCGACGCUUUGCCUCCCAUGCUCCAGCCGACGGAAUUACAGAUGACAACUCCGCAUCAUCCCGAGGUUGACUGCUUUCCGUUCCCCGAGUUUAGGGAUAAUAGGAUUAGGUAUGGGGCGACGUAUCCGAUUGAGCAGUAUUGUUUGGAUUUAUUGUAUGGGGUGGAGAGUUGUUAUAGUACGAGGGAGUGGGGACUGAAUUCCAGGACGGGGUUGAUUGCUUGGGGGGAACCAUGGUUGCAGUCGAGUUGGGAGGUGGAAGAGGCGUUUGCGAGGAAGUAUAGGAAAUACAUUGUGGGGUGCAAAGAACUGCUUGCGACUACGAACCAUUGGAGGAAGAGUAGAGGGGAACCGCCGUUGGUAUUGGAACUAGAUGAAGAGGGUGGGGAUGAGAGUUCAUCCAGUUUUCAGUUUAAAGCUUGGGCUUCAUCCUCUUGUCAUCCUCCUCAUUCUUAG